CCCUCUGCCCAUGCUCGUUUAAUUUCUCCCUCUGUCUCAACUAAAGCUCUCUCAGAAAAAGCAUGGUCGUCGGCAUGGGGAACUUAACGUUAUCUCUGAAAGCGGUGCUGAUAUCCACAGGAGUUGUGUCGGUGGCUUUCAUCUUGAAGCUCUGUGUUCCGUUGGUAUCAGAUUUCAUCGUCUCCGAUCUCCCUUCACUGUACAGUGUUAUGAUAUCUUAUCUACGCCCUCCCUAUCUUUACUUGCUUAUCAACGGUAUCAUCAUCUCCAUCGUUGCCUCCUCUAGAUUCCAACAUAAAUCAGACGUUACUGAUGACAAUAAAACCGUCCGCUCCGUCCCCGCGGCACCGCCAGCAGUACCAGAUAGGAUCUCAGUCGAGGCUUACCAUGGUGACAUUGGGAGCGAGAUCUCCGAAAACGUCUACAGUAACGUUGUUGGGACGGUUGCAGCCGAGAGAACGAUAGUCUCCACGGCAGCUUUGCCAAACAGUAUCUCUGUGGACACAUACAAUGACGGUGGUGAGAGCAAGAUCUCUAGAGGUAACGCCUACAGUAGCAUUCACCGGAGUGGAUACGGUUACGAAGAUAAGACGGUUGUGGUUGAUCCGGCGGCGGAGGCUGAAAGAGUCACGAUGGACGGUGGUGAUAGCGGCGUUAAGCCUGCAAAAGCUUCCGAUCUGGAGAGGAUGGACACUAUGGACCUUAUAAGUUUGUUGAGCGAGGUUGAGAAACCGCCAGUUUCUAGAAGAUUCAGUCAGCGAAAAACCGUAAAAGCUACUCAGCAUCAUGAAGGGAAGGCGUUGGGAGUGACGAAGCCGAAACGGGACGACACGCUGGAGAGCACGUGGAAGAUGAUAACGGAGGGCCGUCACAUGCCGUUAACCAGGCAUCUGAAGAAGUCCGACACGUGGGAGCGGGUGCAGGAGGAACACAACGCAUCUCCUCCUCCUCUUCCGAACCAAAUGAAGAAAUCGGACACCUUCAGCGACAGCAAGACCACCACGGCAGGUCCAAAGAAAAAUAACUCCACUCUUACUCGGUCCUCCGGCUUCGGCAAGCUUAAGAAGGAACCAUCGCUGAGUCAGGACGAGUUGAACCGCCGUGUUGAAGCGUUUAUCAAGAAGUUCAACGAGGAGAUGAGGUUGCAGAGGCAAGAGUCGUUGAAUCAGUACCAGGAGAUGAUUAGCCGAGCGGCACAUUAGGUAUUUCAGAUAAACCACGAGGGCUCAAUUCCUUUUCCCUCAUUUGGUAACUUAUUCACAACUCCUGGUUUUGUAUUUUGUAAAGGUGUUUUCUUUUUUUCUUUCUACUUUCAAUUUAAAAUUGUUACUUCACAUAUAAUAAUGAAAUAAUUUCUUA